AUGGCCGCCGCCAAUCCAAAGCCCAAGCCCACGCCGAUGCCUCCGCCCGCGGCGCCCACCGUGGCGGCGCAGAACCCAAAGGCCGCUGCCUCCAGGGCGUCGUCGUCCUCGUCGUCCGCCGCCGACCCCAACCCCAACCCCAACAAGCGCACCAACCCGGGCAACGCCGCCGCCGCCGCCGCGGCGGCGCCCGCGCCAACAGACCCUACCCCGAGCGUCAACGGGGAGGCCAGCCGCUCGCCUCUCAUCCCCGCGCAGCACCCGCACCCUCACCCGCAGCAGCACGCUCCGCCCGGCGCGUCGCCUCUGCUGCCGCCCCCGCUCCCGUCGCGGCCUCUGCUCACCGUGGCCGCGGUGGAGGCGGUGGUGUCCGCCAUCCCGCCGCCGCCGCGGUACGGGCUGGAGGACCUCGACCGCCGCACCGUCGCGCUCUCCGACGGCACCGUGCGCACCUACUUCGCUCUCCCGCACGAACCGCCGCCGCAGCUCCGCCAGCCGCCGCCGCCGAUACCCGCGCACCUCUUGGCGCCCCCGCCCCCGCCCCCGCCCCCGCCUCCGCUGCCCCUGCUGCGCCCGCCCAUCGAGCGGUGGGCUCCUCUUCCACCCAUGACCGCACUUCUGCCUGCUGCUGGGCUGCUUCCGGUGCCUGUCUCGAAGCGGAAGUGGGAGGAUCAGGCCAAUGGUGGUGUGCCCGGGGAGUCCUCCGGACGCAACCAGCAGCAGAAGUCUGAGACACGUGCUGCGAAGCAGGUGAAGGUGGAGGAGACGGGGGUGGACCCGAAGGUGCUGAAGACCGCCUUUCUUAAGAUGGUGAAGCUGAUAAAUGAGAAUGAAGCAGAUAAGAAGAAUUACCGGGCCAAUGGGAAGCUUUCCCAGCUGAAAUGCCCUGUAUGUCAAAGGGAUUCUGUAGAUUUGCAUGCGCUCCUCAAUCAUGCAUACUAUGCAAAGAAUCAGGAGCAUCGUGCUGAUCACCUAGGGUUUCACAAAGCUUUAUGUGUUCUUAUGGGUUGGAAGUACUCCGUAGCCCCUAUUCACAAAACCGCUUACCAAGCAUUAUCAACUAUCGAUGCUGAAGCCAAUCAAGGAGACCUUAUCUUAUGGCCACCAACAGUUGUAAUUGAGAACACAUACAAGUCAAAGCACGAUGGACAAAAGGAUGGCAUGAGUGAUAAAGAUAUGGAGAGCAAGCUGAGAGAAAUGGGCUUUGCCGGUGUCGAUGUGCAGCCACUCCCUGGGAAGGAUGGGCAGAGGUCCAUGCAAGCUAAGUUUCCUGCCAGCCUUGAUGGUCUGAACAAUGCGUCACGGCUCGUUGAGUUGUUUGAGCGCCAAGGCCAUGGGCGAGCGGCUUGGGCUCGCAUCCGGAGCAUCGUCCCCACCAGUGAUGGGGGCAAUAAUAACCCCAUGCUGGUCAAGGUGGACGGCAAGGGAGAGCGGACAUGGGUCCUCUAUGGUUACCUUGCCACGGCAUGGGACUUGGACAUUCUAGACCCAGAGUCGAAGCAGAAUGCCACUGUAAAGAGCAGAAAGGAGUUGGAUUUAGAUUAG